GCACGUUUACACACACGUGUUCUGUUGUAGAAUUACUCGCUUGAUGCUGUCCUAUGUCCACAGUCAGGUAGUUCGAACAAGCGUAUAGGGAUAAAGCGAUUUUAAUUCACUUAUUCACUGUCGAUCUUUAUUCUUGGCUUCGAAAAACGUUGCUAACAAGUACCAAAGCGUUUGGUACUCCAUUCGAGCCGUGUUUGGGGACCUUGUGCUGAACUUCACGGAUGCUAAGCUACUCAUCUGACAUUUACACCUAACACAUCUUAAAAGCUUGCUGACGAUGGAUGAAUCCAAGCCUGUGCCAGCUCCAGUCCACCCUGGAGAGAAGAGAGGCUGCCCGGGGGAUGUGGAAGUUGAAGCGGCUAUGACCAAAAGAGCCAGAGUUGAGGAGGAAAAUGAUAAUGGAGCUCCUCGAGCAGCGAUGAGCGAUGGUGAGGAAGAAGAGGAAGAUGGCAGCAGCGAGUCAUUUGCGGACAUGAUGAAGCACGGCCUCAUCGAGCUGGAUGUGGGCAUCUGCAAAUAUGUCAGCGAUCACAAGGGCUUCUCUGGAAUCCUCAAGGAAAGAUACUCCGAUUUUGUGGUCCAUGAAAUCAGCAAAGAAGGAAAGAUAGUGCACUUAGAUGACCUCUCCAUUCCUGAAGAGGUUCAGGAAGCAGCAUCAUCAGCACCAGCAGAAGAAAACCCAACGACCGAUAGCAGCGUGUUGACCGAGGAGCAGAAGAAGCAGCUCGAGGAGCUGCAGCUGUUCAAGAACAAAGAGAGCUUCGUCUCCAUCGAGGGGGAUGAGUCGAAGGACAAGCGGACACUGGUACACAAAGCCAUCAAAACUCAAUUCCCCGGCCUGGAGACAAAGACGGAGGAGAAAGAUGGCCGCAAGUUCAUCGUGGCCUACCACGCUGCUGGAAAGAAGGCUCAGGCUGAGGUGAAGACAUCUGCAGCACCCAGGAAACACUUCUGGCCCAAAAACCGCGGCAGCUUCUGCCACUUUGUGCUCUACAAGGAGAACAAGGACACCAUGGAUGCCAUCAAUGUGCUGUCAAAGUUCCUCAGGCUCAGACCCAACAUGUUUUCCUAUAUGGGCACAAAGGACAAGAGGGCCAUCACGGUGCAAGAAAUCGCUGUCCUCAAGAUCACCGCAGAGAGAUUGGCUCACCUCAACAAGUGCCUGAUGAACCUCAAGCUGGGAAAUUUCUCCUAUAAGAAUCAUCCGCUCAAGCUGGGGGAGCUGCAGGGGAACCACUUUACAGUGGUCAUCAGGAACAUCUCCGGAACCGACGCCCAGGUCCAUCAGGCCAUGACGUCCCUCAAGCAGACUGGCUUUAUCAACUAUUACGGCAUGCAGCGCUUCGGCACCACGGCGGUGCCCACCCAGCAAGUGGGCAGGGCCAUCCUGAGGAAUGACUGGAAGCAAGUGGUGGAUUUAAUUCUCAAGCCUCGUCCCGGAGCUGAGAAAGAAUUCUUGGUGCGCUGCAGGGAGGAGUGGGCCAGGACUCAGGACCCCGAGGCGGCCCUGAAGAAGCUACCCAAUAAGCGCUGCGUGGAGGGCCAGCUGCUUCGGGGCUUGUGCCAGCACGGCAAAAACAACAUAGUCACUGCCUUUGGACUGAUCCCCCGAAACAACCGCCUGAUGUACGUCCACAGCUACCAAAGCGUGGUGUGGAACACGAUGGUGAGUCGGCGGAUCGACGCUUUCGGGCUUACAGCAGUGGAGGGCGACCUGGUGCUCCGAGGAACCAAAGCGCACAUCCUGUCAGAAGAGGAGGCAAAGAGCCACUCCAUACAUGACAUUGUCAUGCCGCUUCCUGGCUUUGACGUCAUCUACCCCACCCACCACGUGGGUAAAGGUUACAGAGAGAUGUUGAGCGCCGACGGGCUGGACAUCGACAACAUGCGACACAAAAUUAAGGACUACUCGCUGGCCGGAGCCUAUAGGCGCGUCCUCAUCAGGCCCAGCAAUGUCAGUUGGGAGGUGAUCCAGUACGACGACCCCAAGAUCUCUCUGGUCCACACCGACUUUGAGAAAAUUGAGAAAAAGCCAGCGCCGGUAUUCAACAAAGAAGGGAAAUACCGCGCGCUUCGGCUGGAGUUCUCUCUGCCGCCCUCGACGUACGCCACCAUGGCCAUCCGGGAAGUGCUCAAGUUGGACACCAGCAUCAAGAAACAGACACAGCUCAACACCACCUGGUUCAACUAACACCGGGACGCCGCCGGCCUCAUGAUUAGGUACUCCUGCCCAAGCCAAUUAUUUGGCAACUUCCUGUGAUGUGAAUCUGACUGGCAUUAUUUUGUUGUUGUCAUUUUUUUCUCUUUUAACCAUCGAAAAGCACCAAUAACUGUGUUAUUUUAGAUGUUUGAGCUUUCUUUAAAUCACCUCAGUGCAGAGAUGGCUUGUGUAUCUGCUUGUGCGGACAUUUGAGAAUUUUCUUCCUUUUUCUAUUUUGUUUUUUUUUAAUAAUAUUUGACUGAAUGUAUGAGCGACUCUGGCAGAGAGGAUAGAUUAAAAUCAUUGAGAAGCCGA